UAAGUUCUAGCGUCCGAUACCGGAGAGAAUUACCAUUAAAUUAAAGCAACAAAAGAAACGACAUUUCUGCGUAUUAAAUCAGAACCCAUUCCGUUAAAAAAAAAAUCAAGAAACGCUUGAAUCUUGUGGAUUAUUAUUGGAUUUGAAUUUCUAUUUGGAUUUGACUGUUUCUCUCUGCUCUUUUCAUUCAACAGGUAAAAACCAGUUUCACCAUGAAGUUGACAGGAAUAUUUCUGCUAUUGAUGCUUUGGACCUGCGAGAGCGUACGAGUUGCAGAGAGCCGAGACGACAAUAGCGUGUACGACCUGUUCGAGCUGGUCCACGUCUCCAAGAAGAACCACGGAGUGACCCUGGUGAAGGGCGACGACCCAUACAGUCCCGCCUACAAGAUCCUCAACCCGGACCUGAUCCCCGAGGUCCCCGAGAGCUCCUUCAGGGACCUCGUUGAUUCCAUCCACGCGGAGAGGGGAUUCCUUCUCCUCCUCAACUUCAAGCAGUUCAAGAGGACCAGGGGCUCCCUCCUGACGGUGGAAAAGCGUGACGGAUCCGGAGCCGUGUUCGAGAUCGUCUCCAACGGGAAAGCGAACACCCUGGAUGUGGUUUUCUCUACAGUGAAUAAGCAACAGGUGGUGUCGAUAGAAGAUGUGGACUUGGCGACGGGCCACUGGAAGAAUAUUACGCUGUUCGUGCAGGAGGACCGGGCGCAGCUGUAUGUUGGCUGUGAAGAGGUGAACACGGCGGAACUGGACGCGCCCAUCCAGAGCAUCCUCACGCAGGAGACUCCCAUCACGGCGCGUCUCAGAAUCGGGAAAGGAGCGGUGAAGGACCGGUUCAUGGGGGUGCUCCAAAACGUCCGCUUUGUCUUUGGAACCACUUUAGAAGCGAUACUGCGCAACAAAGGAUGCCAAAACUCUGUUCUGACUGAUAGAAUCAUCGUUAUGGACAACCCCAUCAAUGGGUCCAGCCCUGCCAUUAGGACUGACUACACUGGCCACAAAAGUAAAGACCUGCAGAUGAUCUGUGGGUUCUCCUGUGAGGACCUGGCUGGCAUGUUCAAGGAACUGAAGGGGCUGGGAGUGGUGGUGAAGGAGCUGUCUAACGAGCUGCGCAAAGUGACGGAUGAGAACAAGUUGUUGAUGAACAGAGCGGGGAUCCACAGUGGAGUCUGUCUGCACAACGGCAUCGUCCACAAGAACAAGGCCGAGUGGACCGUCGACGACUGCACCGAGUGCACUUGUCAGAACUCUGCUACCGUAUGCCGCAAGAUCUCCUGCCCACUGAUCCCCUGUGCCAACGCUACCGUGUCUGAUGGAGAGUGUUGCCCGCGCUGUGGAACACUGAGUGACUAUGCGGAGGACGGCUGGUCCCUCUGGUCUGAAUGGACACACUGUUCCGUGUCUUGUGGGCGGGGCAUUCAGCAGAGAGGCCGUUCCUGCGACCGCAUCAACAACAACUGCGAGGGAACCUCCGUCCAAACCAGGGACUGCUACCUUCAGGAGUGUGACAAACGCUUCAAGCAGGACGGUGCCUGGAGCCACUGGUCCCCCUGGUCUUCCUGCUCGGUCACCUGUGGGGCGGGUGUCAUCACCCGUAUUCGCCUCUGCAACUCCCCCACACCCCAGCUGGGAGGCAAGGACUGCCAAGGAGAGGGAAGACAGACUGAGAAGUGCACCAAGUCACCCUGCCCCAUCAACGGUAACUGGGGACCCUGGUCGCUAUGGGAUACCUGCUCUUCCACCUGUGGGGGAGGAGCCCAGACACGUAAACGUCUCUGCAACGACCCCGCCCCCAAAUAUGGUGGCAAGGAGUGCCAGGGUGACUCCAAGGCCACUCAGCUGUGCAACAGGAACGCCUGUCCCGUCGAUGGUUGUCUGGCUAACCCCUGCUUUCCUGGGACCAAGUGCACCAGCGUUCCUGAUGGAACAUGGAGUUGUGGGAAAUGUCCCUCUGGUUACUCUGGUGACGGCAUCAAGUGCGAGGACAUUGACGAGUGCAAAGAGGUUCCUGACGCUUGCUUCGUGUUCAACGGAGUCCACCGCUGUGAGAACACUGACCCUGGUUACAACUGUCUGCCCUGUCCCGCACGCUACUCUGGACCUCAGCCCUUCGGCAGGGGAGUGGAGGAGGCCAUCGCCAAGAAACAGGUGUGUACACCACGUAACCCCUGCCUCGAUGGGAGCCACGAAUGCAACAAGAACGCCCGCUGUAACUACCUGGGACACUUUGCCGACCCCAUGUACCGCUGUGAGUGUAAGCCUGGCUAUGCUGGAAACGGACACAUCUGUGGUGAGGACACGGACCUGGACGGAUGGCCCAACCAAGACCUGGUCUGUGUGGAGAACGCCACCUACCACUGCAAGAAGGACAACUGCCCCAACCUUCCCAACUCAGGCCAAGAAGACUACGACAAGGACGGUGUUGGUGACGCGUGUGACAAUGAUGAUGACAACGAUGGCAUUCCUGACGACAGGGAUAACUGCCCGUUUGUGUACAACCCCAGGCAAUAUGACUAUGACAGAGAUGAUGUUGGAGAUCGUUGUGAUAACUGUCCUUACAACAGCAACCCUGACCAGACCGACACAGACAACAACGGGGAAGGAGACGCCUGCUCUGUGGACAUUGAUGGAGAUGGUAUUCUGAAUGAGAAAGACAACUGCCCGUACGUCUACAACGUGGACCAGAGAGACACUGACAUGGAUGGUGUGGGAGACAUGUGUGACAACUGUCCUCUGGAACACAACCCUGACCAGGUUGACUCUGAUGACGACCGUGUGGGAGACAAGUGUGACAGCAACCAGGACAUCGAUGAGGACGGCCACCAGAAUAAUCUGGACAACUGCCCCUACAUCCCCAACGCUAACCAGGCCGACCAUGACAAAGACGGCAAGGGAGACGCCUGCGACCACGAUGACGACAACGACGGGAUCCCUGAUGAGAAAGACAACUGCAGACUGGCCUUCAACCCUGACCAGCUCGACUCUGAUGGUGACGGUCGCGGAGAUGUUUGCAAAGAUGAUUUUGACCAAGACAACGUCCCUGACAUCUACGACGUGUGUCCGGAGAACUUUGACAUCAGCGAAACGGACUUCAGGAAGUUCCAGAUGGUUCCCCUGGACCCCAAGGGAACGUCCCAGAUCGACCCCAACUGGGUGGUCAGACAUCAGGGCAAAGAGCUGGUCCAGACCGUCAACUGUGACCCUGGCAUUGCUGUUGGUUUUGAUGAGUUCAACUCUGUGGACUUCAGUGGAACCUUCUUCAUCAACACAGAGCGAGAUGAUGACUACGCCGGCUUUGUGUUCGGCUACCAGUCCAGCUCCAGGUUCUACGUGGUGAUGUGGAAGCAGAUCACACAGACCUACUGGAACAACAAACCCACCAAGGCUCAGGGAUACUCAGGACUGUCCAUCAAGGUGGUCAACUCCACUACUGGACCUGGAGAGCACCUCAGGAACGCUCUCUGGCACACGGGCAACACCCCAGGACAGGUGAGGACUCUGUGGCACGACCCUAAGAAUGUUGGCUGGAAAGACUUCACAGCCUACAGAUGGCACCUGAUCCACAGACCAAGAACAGGACACAUCAGAGUGGUCAUGUACGAGGGGAAGAGGAUCAUGAAGGAUUCCGGGAGUGUAUAUGACAAGACGUACGCAGGCGGAAGACUAGGUCUCUUUGUCUUCUCGCAAGAGAUGGUAUACUUCUCAGACCUCAAGUAUGAAUGCAGAGAUGCAUAAUUGCACGGAGCAGGAAGCUCUUGGAACAAUGCACCUUUCUGUAUAAAUAUGAACGAUAUGUAUUCCAAUACAAUGUCCAGGGACUGUUUUUUUCUACUCCUCUUUUCUUCUGCGGGACUCACACUGAAGGGGGCGAGGGGGGGAAUUCUGUUGUGGUCAGCCUCGGGGUAAAUUGAUGCUGGUUUGGACAGAGAACCAUCCGGGUGACUGCCAGUCGAAGAUCAGAGAAGCCACUCCUACCCAUCCAGAGCAGGUAGAGACGGGAAAAAACAUCCCGUUUGCUUGGCCUGAGUGAGAGACUGACCGAUGUUCCCAACCGUCCGGACGAUCUCUCUCUGAUCUGAAAGACCUCAUUCAACCCUGUGCGGGAAAGUCUCCCGAUGGACAACUAUGCACUUCCAAACUUUUACAUCUCUCUCUCGCUAUCCCUCUUUCUAUCCAUCUCUCUCUCGCUAUCCCUCUUUCUAUCCAUCUCUCUCUCGCUAUCCCUCUUUCUAUCCAUCUCUCUCUCGCUAUCCCUCUUUCUAUCCAUCUCUCUCUCGCUAUCCCUCUUUCUAUCCAUCUCUCUCUCGCUAUCCCUCUUUCUAUCCAUCUCUCUCUCUCUAUCCCUCUUUCUAUCCAUCUCUCUCUCUCUAUCCCUCUUUCUAUCCAUCUCUCUCUCGCUAUCCCUCUUUCUAUCCAUCUCUCUCUCUCUAUCCCUCUUUCUAUCCAUCUCUCUCUCGCUAUCCCUCUUUCUAUCCAUCUCUCUCUCUCUAUCCCUCUUUCUAUCCAUCUCUCUCUCGCUAUCCUUCUUUCUAUCCAUCUCUCUCUCGCUAUCCCUCUUUCUAUCCAUCUCUUUUUUUGUUCUGGAAUGGACGUCCCAAAGAAAGACUAUGUGAUGUUCCGUUUAUAUAAAAAUAAAUCUAGGCGGAUGUAGGUUCUGAACGAUACAACUCUGAUGAUGAGGGGUUUUUGGCUCAGUGGUUGAAGAACGCAAUAAGACUUUUUUACUUUAAGUUUUGUCAGGAAAGGACUUGUAGCCCUUGGAAGUCAGUUGCGUAACAACAAGAUAUGGAGGAUAGUGUAUGUAUGAUGUAUAUACGUAUGUUUGUGUGUAAAUAAGAAGACAUUUAACGCUUGCUUUUACCCCUCUAUAUAUGUUCCCUUGGAGACAAAAGAAAACAAACCAAAAUUAAAACGAGCCAAAAUACUUUUUUGUCAAAUACAUGAUUGCUUGUAGGCUUUGUGGCUGGCAUUAAAUUUAUAUAGUUUCAGUUGAAAUGGAACAUAGUGAUACUCAGGGUAAGAUGGGAGCGGCCAUCUUAGCAUAUCAAACCAUUGCAGAAAAUGACAUGGGAGGGCAAAUUAAAAAAGGGCAUUGUCAGUGCCAGUAAGUCAAAGCCAUUCUGUCUAUUACGAAACUUUCCAUUUCGAACAUUAAAUGUUAGAAAUAUUCUGUUAAUUUAUUUUACAAAUGUAAAAAGAUCCAUUUAGAAACAUUGAACAUCUUUAGAAGCUUAAAAAAUUUGAAAUUUUGUAUGAUGGUUGAGUAGAAGUAGCUGAAGUAGCCUAAUGUGAUUAGCAUGAAGUUGUAAGUAACAAGAACAUUUCCCAGGACAUAGACAUAUCUGAUAUUGGAAGAAAGCUUAAAUUCUUGUUAAUCUAACUGCACUGUCCAAUUUACAGAAGCUAUUACAAUGAAAUAAUACCAUGCUACUGUUUGAAGAAAGUGCACAGUUGUGAACUUAAAAAUGUAUUAAUAAACCAAAUAAGCACAUUUGGGCAGUCUUAAAAACAAAAAUGCAAUGGUUCAUUGGAUCUGUCUAAAACGUUGCGCAAACACUGCUGCCAUCUAGUGGCCAAAAUCUCAAUUGCGCCUGGGCUUUAAUAAUACAUUAUGGCCUUUCUCUUGCAUUUAAAAAAUGAUGGUACAAAAAAGUAGAAAUGAAACGUAUGUUGUUUUCUUUGUAUUAUCUUUUCCCAGAUUUAAUAUGUUAUAUUCUCCUACAUUUUCACAAACUUCAAAGUGUUUCCUUUCAAAUGUUAUCAAUAAUAUGCAUAUCCUUGCUUCAGGUCCUGAGCUACUGGCAGAUAGAUUUGGGUGUCAUGUCAUUUUAGGCAAAAAAUACUCUGAGGAAGUAAAGACUAUUCCCCAGUGUUCAAGGUGUAAACUGAUCCAGAGUCAGUCAGACUGGUGCCUUUGGUGUCAGAAGUGGGAUCUUACUCUAAUCCCAUUAUAGCCAUGGUUAGAACUAGGGCAUCUGACUCAGAAUGGCAUGUAUGUGACCGGUGUAUCCUUUUCUUCUGAGAUUAAUAACAAAGGAACCUUUGAUGUACACAUAAUACCUCAUUGCUGUUGUAUAAUUAAUUUGAUCGAGAAAAAUAUAUAUUUUUUUUUCAUUGUACACUUACAGAAUACAAAUGGAUCAACAUCUUAUUGCUACUGUACCAUGAAUCUGUAAAUAUUACUACUUUUCUUUUCAAAACAGAUCCCCCCCCCCGCCCAACACCCCCCUACAGUAAAAAAAAAAAAAAAAAACAGUUAAAUGGGAGAGUUGUUUUUAUAUACAUAUUCUAUUUUUGCUUUUGUGUCUUUUGUCCAGUGCUCUUUUAAUGGAUAAAUGAUUGUUCUGUUUUGCUUUGUCUUUGCUGUUCUGUGUGUGAGAGAUCGAUUCGUGUAGAUAAAUGCUAUUUAAAUAAUUUAUCAGGAUUCGCUGCCUGCGGAAGGGGGCGUGUCCGUAUGUAUAAACGGUUUGCACACUGACAUGAGGAUGUUCUGUUUAUCGUUUAUAUUUUAUUUUUACCGUUAUUUUUGUACAAUUUAGUGAGGCUUGUCUGUAAACAUUUUUACUUAGUUGUGCAAUGUUUUUAAAAAAUGAUGUUUUUAUCCAUAGCAAUUAUUUUGUUAUAUAUACUUCAGAAACAAUAAAUAGUUAUUGAAAUCCA